UUUUUUUUUAAGAGCGUAAUUGUUCUCUAAUUAGAGUUAAAGAAUUCGUAUCGACUUUUGCGACAAAAAAAAAUAUCUCGAAAAAUAUUAGUAAUAAUGAAACACCUUGCAGCCUAUUUGUUAUUAAAUCUCGCUGGUAAAACGCCCAACGAAAGUAGUAUCAAAUCUCUUCUUGAUACCGUUGGUAUUGAAACUGAUAGCGCAAGACUUAAACAAUUAUUAGGAGAAUUAGAUGGAAAAGACAUCGAUGAGUUGGUUAAUUCGGGAUUGUCGAAGUUAUCUUCAGUACCUACAGGCGGUGGUGCUGCAGCUAGUGGUGGUGCUGCAGCUGGUACCGAUGCUACUGCUGAAGCUGCUCCCGCUGAAGAUGCUAAGAAAGAAGAAGAGAAAGAAGAAUCCGAUGAGGAUAUGGGAUUCGGUCUUUUCGAUUAAAAGUGAUCUGAUGAUGCUAAGUAUACCGUACUUUAUUAGUAACAUGUUUUAAAAAGCAAAAAAAUUUGCCUUAUACCUGAAUAUAUGAAGAAAAAAUUAAAUUUAAAUAAAACUAGUCAAAGAUUCUAAUUAUUAUUAUCACGUAAAAUUGGUUUUUUUAAAAAUAUAUGCAAUUCUAGUAAAAUUGCGUUUUUUACUAAUCACCCAGUAACUAAUCUUACUUAAAAACAUUGUUCAAUAAUCUUUUCCUUUGAUUUACUGUCAUAAAAG